CACAAAAUUCAUUGUAAAGCGCUGGAAGUUUUCAAAAUAUUUAUUAUUUUCAAAAUAGAACAGAAAAUGAAUAGCGAAAACAUUGAAAAUGAUUCAUUCGAUGACAUUUUGGCACAAAUUGAAGAACCAGUGACGGUUAAAUCAAAGGUGCCAAGUGAAGUGAAAAAAUCACGAUUCUCUACAGAAAAUGACGAUGAUUUGGAUAGUCUUUUGGCCAAUAUUACAAUGCCAGAUGAAGCAUCGGCAUCGUCUACACAACCCGCAGAAAAACCGGUCACCAAAAUGGGUUCAGGAAAAACGAAUUGUGUGCUGGUGAACCCCAAACAAAGAGGCAAUCCAAUUCUCAAGUCAAUAACAAAUGUUCCGUGGGAAUUUGACGAUUCAAUCAUUCCCGAUUAUGUGGUCGGAAAAACUUCAUGCAUCCUAUUCCUUUCGCUCCGAUAUCAUUCGCUGAAUCCAGAUUAUAUUCACAAUCGAUUGAAAGAACUUGGAAAGCGAUACGAACUACGCGUUCUUUUGGUACAUGUCGACAAUAAGGAUCCAAAUAAUGCACUGAAAAAUUUGACUCAAAUGUGUUUGCUGGCCGAUUUAACAUUGAUGCUUGCAUGGAACCCGGAGGAAGCUGGUAAAAUAGUCGAGACGUACAAAUCAUUUGAAAACAAACCACCAGAUUUGAUUAUGGCACGAGCGCAACAAUAUCCACAUCAGAAGUUGGUUACAGCCUUAACUAAUAUCAAACCGGUCAACAAAACAGAUGCAAUGACAUUACUUCAAAAUUAUGGAUCUUUGAAAAACCUUAUUCUAACAAAUGAAGAGAAUUUAGCCAUGUGUUCUGGUUUGGGACCACGAAAAGCAAAACGACUCAUAAAUGUAUUCAAUGAUCCAUUCUUGAAAAAAUAGAUUUAGAUUUAUCGUUAGAUUGUAAAUCAAAUAUAAUGUGAUUGAUACCAAACGAAAAAUGUAUAACCUCGAAAAUAGAUGGCAAAUUUCA